CCGUACAAUAUCACUCAGCAAGUAGAAUAAGUGUUUGCCCAUCACACACAUCAUCUAUUUACUUUAAUUAUAGUACUGUGAUAAAAUAUUAAACCUUCAAACAUACGUUAUAAUGGACAUCACCAAGAUAACCCCACCGGUCCUCGAGCUCUUCCGGCAGAAUAGAGCCCUCUGGACAUCUAUCGCAGCCGUAGUAGCCGCCGGUGGCACCGCCUCGAUCUUAUCCCGCAUCGUAGCCGAUUACCGUGCCUGGUAUGCUCUCGGCCCCAACGGCCUGCCCCUUAACAUCCUCGGAUACCUAUUCCAAUCGGCCGGCCGUUCUUUCGCUCGAUCAGACACUCGCGUCCCCGCGCCCUACGACAACGCCAAACUAGCACAGUCAGCACGAUACGGACCGCUAAGCCAACGCUCAUUCUUCUCCGGCUCGAUACCGCCGCGCAAGGGGACCCGGCCUGAGGUGCCCGCGUUCGUCGGCCCGCACCGGCAGACAUCACAGCAAGCCACGCCCGCGAUGCGAGCUCGACAGGAAUCUUUCCUAGACGCGCUUGCCGAAGCCAAUUCAUCCUUAAUACGGGUCCGACCGUCAAAUCUCGAAGGGCCGCUAUUCAAAAGCGUAUGGCUACAAUCUGGUCUAGCCCUGCGCGACGAGAUUAAAAACCUAAACGGCGAAUUUGCGCAUCCGCAUGCCGAAGGCAGCACGCAUAUGGUGUUGAGUCUAGCUGAUGCUGCUACGGCUAUCGAGCGCGGUUGGGCGGAGAGGCAUCGCAUGAGCGGUGUCGCUAGUCUAAUGCCGUGGAGUUAUGUCAUGGUAUAUGCGCCGCGGGACGAUGAGGAGUUUCGCAUCUGGAAGGAGUUCAUGAUGGCGAGCGCACGGUACGUACUCGGCGGAGAGAAAGAGGUUAUAAUGCCUUAAAGUGGAGGUGGGUGAGAUGAGAGAAGAUUGGGGACGGUACAUUAUAUAUGGCGGCGUUACUGGAAGAAGCUCCUCUCAAUGGCGAGUCUGUUCUAACUCCAAUGUAUAUAUAUCAAUAUAAGAUGUACCGGUAUUAUUGCAGUCUCUUUAUAUCCUACGUACUUCGCUCAUGCCUCUUGUGUUUGAAAUAUCUAUACGAGGG